AUGGAGGAGGCCGGCCGGCCCUGCUCGGUCCUCCGCGCUCCGGGGGGUGGGGGGGCUCCCCCAAGCCGACGCGCCGCAGCACAGCGCCCGCCUCCCCGGCUCCCUCCGGCUGGCGGACGCUCUUCGCUUAAGCCUCCGCUUCCCCCCCCCCCCCCCACGCCCGUCCGGCCCGCGACGCAGUGGGGCCGAGGCGGGUCACAGCGGCCCCCCGCGGCCCGGAGGCCCCGGGCGCGGCUGCCCUCCCGCCGGCUGGCGACGGCUGCUCGCGUUCGCCGAUGGCGGGCGGGCGGGCUGGCGGGCGAGCGGGCGGGUGGGCGGCCGGGCGGCCGAGGUUCCCCACCCCCCGCCGCUUGGACGAGCCGGGGAGGAAUCCGGGCCAGCAGGCGGCUCCGCAGCCGGCCGCGUUGCGCGUCUCGCCACUCCCGGGGUCGGGCAGAGGGGGACGUGGGGGCGACGCUUACCCGGCGACUCCGACCUCCUCGGCUAGUUCUCUGGAGAAAAAGUGCGAGACUGACGAAAUUAUGCCCGGAGAUUACUGAGACUCAGCUCCAUCUGGGGACUGUGGUAAUGCUCACUUCUGAGUACUGGAUACUGCACAAUGGUCAACUAAUUGAACUGAGUGCUUGCUGGCCAGCAGGAGGUAAUGUAGUAGCUGGAACUACUCAUCAAUUAGAUGAUGAACAGAGUCCAAGUUUUGCAUCAAAGGAAGUGGAGUAUGAAUGUUUAAUACAUAAAUAUCAAUGUAAAUACCAACCCUGAGGUCUUUUGCUUCUGAUGUAUUCUGUUUCCAUAUCUCUCUAGCUUAAACUACUUACCUACCUUUUUAUUGACAUGUGGUCAAAAUCAGUGUAUUCUAUUAAAAUUUUUUUUUAA